AUGGAUGGUUCCCGGGAUACAGAGAUUGCCAUGGGAGCCUAUCAAACAUUCCACCUAUCCACUAGGCAGCCAGCCAGGGGACAAAUCCAUGGCUUCCGGAUGGCAUUGUGGUACGAGCACUUAGGCAUGCUAGAUAACUCCUUUCUCCAUCCAGAAAGUGUGGAAUGUGUCCAAAGAGUGAACCAAAUUGCCAGAAAGUAUUGGGACCUCUACUCUAGUGAGGCACUGGACCAUGACUUGCUAGGCCAUUUGCUUAGUUAUCCCAUUCAUAUCACUGAAAAAGGAGAGGUCAAAGAGCUACUUGGGAUAGAAUUCUUCCCAGAAACAAAGGCUAAAGUUCUUGGAUCCAAGUCUGAAUUACUACCUGCAAUUCUCACCACUUAA